UCUAAAUAAAUCAAUUAUUACCUAGAGGUUUUUGGUUGCACUUCUUAGAGAAAACAAGUGCCUGGAUUUCGUAUUCUUAAGGUUAUAAGCUCUGUAUUUUGGCGUUUAAAACUUUUGUACUACAAACCGUGCAGCAAAAGCGCAAUUAAAUCCAGCAUCGUGUAAAACGUGCACUAGCGUGCUUGCGUCCCACGUGAUCACUCAUACAAAAACAUAUGUCACGUGACGCGUGAGCCAAAAGGGCCUGAGCGAAACGGCAACAGCGGAUAAGCGUCGGUUUUCCUGCCGUCUCCGAAACUGUAGUGACCGGACUUUGUAUGACGGUGUAUUUAAGAUGUUUGCCGUCUUUCCCCGUCAAUACAAUUUCCCUACUAGAGUUUCAGUUUACGUGUAGACUCCGCCAGUCUAAUGGCGUCCCUGGCUGGGAGCGAAGCAGGCGAGACCGGCUCUGGUGAGGGGGCAGUCGCCGGUCUGCCCGGGGCCGGGCCCCCGCUGCGAUCUCACGGCCCGGGCUCGCUCAUGGUGGAGUCGGUGGACGAUGCGGAGGGGCUGUACGUGGCGGUGGAGCGCUGUCCCCUGUGCAACACGGCCCGCCGCAGACUCACUUGCGCCCGCUGCAUCCAGGCUGGCGACUUCGUUUAUUUCGACGGCAGGAACCCGGAGCGAUAUAUUCAGAAAAUAGACCGACUCAAGAAGUUAAGAGAGGAAAAGGAGGAGUUGCAGCAAAGAGUAAUCAAAUCCAUGGAAAAGAAGGUUCGAGCUGAUCAGCUGAAGUGGAAGAUUAUGUCAUGCAAGAUGAAAAUUGAGCAGCUGAAAGAAGCUGUCUGCUGCGGUAAUGAGGAAGUGAAAAGUGGCCAGGACCUGCUGCUUCGGACUCACGAGGAGAGCCAGCGGCUGCAGCGGCGGGCCAGCCGGCACCAGGAGAAGAAGGACAAAAUCGAGAGGCACAACCGGCGCCUGGGAGAGCUGCUGGAGAAGAGGGGCCGCGAGCUGCAGGGCCGGCUGGAGCAGCUGGCCGAGAUCCGCCGGGGACACAUCCUGGAGCUGACCACCCUCAUCUUCCCCACCCAGGAGGAGAAGCAGGGCACCAGGGACCCGGCCGAUGUGGCGGCAGAGUGUGACCCCGCAUUGACCUCCAGCACUGUCAGCGAACUGGCAGAGGCUCGCCGGACCACCUACCUGUCAGGCCGAUGGAUCUGGGAUGAUCAGAAUGGAGAGACCAGCAUCAGCAUCACAAGCCCGCGGGUCACGUUGCCCAGCAAUGGGGACUGCUCUGCCUACUACAGCUGGGUGGAGGAUAAGAGAACCAAUCAGGGUCCUGAGCUGGAUCACAUCAAUCCGGCACACACCAUAAGCGCUGCCCUGUGUUACGCCACCCAGCUCGUCAACAUUCUGUCCCACAUCCUGAAUGUCAACCUUCCCAAGAAGCUUUGUAACAGCGAGUUCUGCGGCGAGAGCCUGACUCGCUACAGGUUCACCCGAGCCCUCAACAAGCUGAACACCAACAUCUUGCACCUCUGCUUCUCUCAGCACGUCGAAAGUGAGCUGCUGCAUCCUCACCACACCUUGCGGAACAUCAUGUUUCUGGUGUCCCCUAACAACAACAACCUGGGCAGAACGGGACCCUUCGAGGUCAGUGCCGACCUGGAGGACUCCAUGGAGUUUGUGGAGCCAGAGGCAGCCAGUCAGGCAGAGGAUAGCGGCAAUGAGGCAGUGACUGAUGAGGAGACUGACCUGGGUACGGACUGGGAGACCGUUCCCAGCCCACGCUUCUGCGACAUCCCCUCGCAGCCCAUGGACCUGUCGCAGAGCACCGCCAUGCAGGCCUCACAGCCCAUGGGCAACGCCGGGGGCAUGAUCUCCUCAGCGGCCGCCUCCGUCACUUCCUGGUUCCGGGCGUACACGGGCCAGCGUUGAAGCCUGCUCAACACAGACGAGUUCCCCUCCUAGACACCUUUGCUACCCCAGCGGGCCUUUUGAUGAGACUGCAUGUGUAUGUGUUUGAGGUGGGAGGGUGUGACUUUGUGGAUCCCCCUUUUAUAAGAUUAUCUGAAAACGGUUAUGCACUGAAUAUGUUCUGAGAAGAGUAUAGCAGGAUUUUUGAAACCUACUUGGAACACCACAGAUUGAGUAGACAAUGGAUGCCAUAAUGCUGAAUCAACUACGAAGAGAAAAUUAGCAAUAUUUACAGCCUACCCCACCAGUGCAAAAUUGUCAAAAUGAGGAUGUGUUGGACCUAAUGUUUGGCCUGUUUUAAAGCUAUUUUUAACAUUAGAACCUGUCACAUUCACUGUGUUCUUGGGUAAUUACUACUGAGUUUAGUACUAGCAAAGGAUCUUCAUGUUUGCUUAGACCUAAUCUGUACCAAAUGCUGUCAACCGGACAGUUAUGUCCAUGUUUACCUUAUGGAAGCCAUGGCAUGUCUUGAGGAUGUACAAUACUUUUCUCCUCUUCCAAAUGUCAUCUGAACUGCGAUGCUAUGCUGCUUCCAAAGGACACAUUUCUGUUGCAUCAAGCAAUAUUGUGUGAAAGGUUGUCAGCGACAGGUGACGUGUACUACAAAUAACCAUCAACAUCCAUUCAAUGGACUGAAGACACAGAGGAAGCUCAAAAUACUUCGGAAUAGGUAGAUUCACAUUUUCUGUAACAGUGUAUGGCUAUUAUGCAAUUUUUUUUUUGCCAUAAAACAUUUGAAACAGUUUA